UGCAAGUCUACAUAUUGUUUUUGGAUAGAACAUCAUCAUGUAGGCUAUUAUUUAGGCAUUGUUCAAAUAACAAUAGCUGGAAUCUGAGAGGGGGGGACUCACAAAUAUGUUAAUCUGUAGGCUAUAGGCUAGGCCUAAUUUUUGUGUUUCUUUUUUUAGGAGACAUGGUUGACAGUUGGACCAUCCAUGAGGUCUGUUUGUGGCUGGAGCAGAGUACCUUAAGUGAAGCAAAGCAAAUCUUCCAAGAUGAAGAAAUCGAUGGAGAAACACUGUUGGGCUUGACAGAAAAUAUGGUGGCGCGCCUCUUUCCCCGAAUGAAACAGCAAGUGAAAUUUAUAUCAGAAUUGGAAAAAUUAAAAAAUGGCCAUCCUCCAACACGAAAUGACAAUCUUGCAGUACCCCCACCAACCCAAACUACUCCGACUCCAAUCCCCACAACAACAGCCUGGCCUGCUUUAUAUACCCUCCCAGUAUUCAGCCCAGAGGUAUCCAAGCCAUAAAAUGUAUAGCGAUGUCCUGGGAGCACUUAUAGCCCGGUAUCCAUUUCUCAGGGAUGGAAGCCUCUCUGGAUUUGAAACCCUUUUGGAGUGCCUAAAAAAUAAAUUCAAAAAAGAGCGGAGAACCCUUGUACACAUGGACAAAGUCCUAGAGAUGAAGCAGAAAUAUGGGCAAAAACAUCCAUCAACAACAACAGGGUUGACAAGACCAAGCCCCAAUAGGAAACGACAACUCUCAACCGAACCAGUGGAAGCAGAGGAUACUCAAAGUAUUGCUGAACACUUGAAAGCCAUCACUGAAGAGCUACACAAAAGCAGGCCAAAUUUUGAGAACAUCAAGUGGAGGAUGGAAAGGACUCUGCAUGCACGAACUCCACUCUAUAAGAUCUCUACAGCUGCAGAGCUAUUCCAGCAGUGUCCAUUCCUAAAAGUCCCUUGUCAAAUGGUUAAUCAGCAAGUGCACAACUAUCUGUGA